AUGGCAGCCACUCAAGAUUUGACUAUGAGAAUGAUCCCAUUCUUGGAUCGUCAUCUCGUUUUCCCUCUCAUCGAAUUUUUGGAACUCAAAGAAGUUUACGCUCCCCAAGAAUUGCUCCAAGCCAAGUACGACUUGUUCAAGAGCUCCAACAUGGUUGAUUUCGUGUUGGACCUCUACAAGAAGCUCCACAAGACCGAAGAAGCACCCAAGGAGUUCACCGACAAGCGAGAAAACGUCUUGUCCAAGAUGGAAGAUUUGAGGACCAAGGCUCAAAAGGUCAUGGACGUGCUCGAGAAGCCUGAAGUCAUUGCUGCUCUGCGUCAAGAUAAGGCACAAAACUUGCAGUAUUUAAAGGAAAACUACAAGUUUACCGAUGAUUCCAUCAACAUUUUGUACGAGUUUGGCCAGUUCCAAUACAACUGUGGUGAUUACGGAGGUGCCGCUGACUAUCUCUACCAUUUCCGCGUUUUGUCCACUGAUGCCGAGCGUUCUCUCUCUGCUACAUGGGGAAAGAUGGCAGCCGAGAUUUUGACGGGUAAUUGGGACGCUGCUUUGGAAGAAAUGCAAAAGUUGAGAGAAGCCAUUGAUUCAAAGAACUUUACAUCACCUCUUCAGCAAUUGCAGCAACGCACUUGGCUCCUUCACUGGUCCUUGUUUGUGUUCUUCAACCACCCCAAGGGUCGCGACGGCAUUGUCGACAUGUUCCUCACUCCUCAAUAUAUCAACACCAUUCAGACGUCUUGCCCAUGGAUCUUGCGUUAUCUCGCCACAGCUGUUGUCACCAACAAGCGUAGAAAGAACCAAAUGAAGGAGUUGGUCAAGAUCAUUGAGCAAGAAGCAUACGAAUACAAGGAUCCCGUCACCGAAUUUGUUGAAGCCCUGUUUGUCCGCUUCGACUUUGAAGGUGCUCAAAAGAAGCUAAAGGAGUGCGAGGAUGUGUUGAGCAACGACUUUUUCUUGGCUGCUACUCACGAAGACUUUAUGGAGAGUGCCAGACAAUUCAUCUCUGAGACAUACUGCAGAAUUCAUCAAAAGAUCGACAUCAAGGAAAUGUCACAAAGACUCAACUUGUCUCAAGAGGAGGGCGAGAAGUGGAUUGUCAACUUGAUCAGAGACACUCGUGUUGAUGCCAAGAUUGAUUUCGAGGAAAACACUGUCAUCAUGAACACACCAAUUACAUCUGUCUACCAGCAAGUCAUUGAACGCACAAAGGGCCUCUCUUUCCGAUCACAGGUACUUGCUACAGCCAUCAAGAGACGUGAAGUCCAAGUAGCACAAAAUGCUUCUCAUGAAGUCUCUGCUUAA